AUGAGCCGUUCAGAACGUUCGGAUAUUUGUGAGUUUGAUCCUGAGAUAGAAAGAACGUUCCAUCAAAGGCGUCGUGAACAAAGAGCAAGGAGGGAAGAACAACUGAGUAACAUGGGUGACAACGUAAACCAACUUGUUCCAAUGGCACAGCCUGUUGAAGUUAAUGAAAGAGACAUUCUGAUGGGAGAUUUCAUGAUGCCCCCUCUAAUUGAGAAUCAGUCAAGUAUAAUUUAUCCUUCCUACGGGCAUGAGAACUUUCAGUUGAGGCCGGAUGUGAUCAAUCUCUUUGCCAACAACAUACCAUUUUAUGGAAUGAGCGAGGAAAAUCCACACUAUCACUUGUCUCGGUUUCUAGAAUAUUGUGGAAAUUUCAAGUAUCAAGGAAUUAAUGAAGAGGCACUCAAGAUGCGCCUUUUCCCUCACACUCUGAAGGAUAGGGCUCGAGAGUGGUUAGACUCAUUACCACCGGGUAGUAUUACUACAUGGACAGAUUUGGUACAGAAGUUCACACUCAAAUACUUCCCACCGGCCAAGAUUACCAAACUUAAGCAUGAGAUUUCAACUUUUCAGCAAGCUGAGUCUGAAAAUUUUCAUGAAGCAUGGGAGAGGUUCAAGGAGCUAUUGAGGAAGUGUCCUAGUCAUGGUUUUCCACUACCAGCUCAAAAUCACAUUUUCUAUGCUGGACUUACUCCUCACAGCCGCUCUGCAGUUGAUUCUACAAUAGGAGGAUCAAUCCGAAACAAAUCAGCCGGGGAGCUUCAUGACCUUUUCGAGACAAUGAGUGAGCAAUUGGUGAUGUGGCCAGAUAGAAACUCACAUAAAAGAGUAGCAGGAGUGCAUGAGGUGGAUCUUAACACAUUGAUGUUAGCCAAGAUUGAUGCACUAUCAAAGCAGAUGGAAGCCUUAAAGUAUACUUCGAAUGUUAAUAUGGUGCAAGGAUCACUUCCCAUAUGUGCAACUUGUGGAGCAACUCAUCUAUUGCCUGAAUGUCCGCUGCUCAUAAAUCCACCAUUCACGGAGCAAGCUGCUUAUGCACAGAAUUUUCAACAUCAGCAAAAUUUUCAAAGGCAGCAGAGUAACCCAUUAUCACAAACAUACAAUCUGGGUUGGAAGAAUCAUCCUCAUUUUUCUUAUGGUAAUACUCAGAACAUCCAAAAUCCACCAAAACAAGGGCGGCCACAAGAGGAAAAAGAAGGAUGGGAGGAAGCACUUUUAAAGCUUCAAGAACGAAGUGACCAGACGGACGCAGCCAUUAAGAAUAUUGAAAAUCAGAUUGGGCAACUAGCAAAAAUAUUAACGGAAAGGCAACCGGGCACAUGGCCGAGCAAUACAGAAGUUAACCCAAAGGAGCAAGUAAAUGCAAUCAUAACAAGGAGUGGGGUGCAACUACCAGAAAUUCAUGUUAAAAGGCCAGGUGUGGUAAAAGAAAAUGGUAUUGUUCAGGAGACAACGGAUCAACUUGAAAUGCCUGAAGUAGUAGCUGAACAAGAGAAGGUAAUUCCACCACCGGUUAAGCCAUAUGUUCCUCCAAUUCCAUUCCCUCAGAGGUUGCGCAAACACAAACUGGAUAAGCAAUUUGAGAAGUUCCUAGAGGUAUUCAAGAAGCUUCACAUAAACAUCCCAUUUGUUGAUGCCUUAGCUCAAAUGCCUAGCUAUGCGAAAUUUAUGAAGGAAAUUUUAUCAAAUAAGAGGAAGUUGGAGGAGCAUGAAACUGUUAUGCUAACGGACGAGAGCAGCGCUAUAUUGAAAAAAAAACUACCACCAAAGCUUAAAGAUCCAGGGAGUUUUACUAUUCCUUGUACUAUUGGUACAUUUUCAAAAGUGAUAAUGCAAUUGAAGAGCCAUCCUACACCAGCUGCUUACAAGGGCAACUCCAUUGCCAAAAGUUUCAAUACCUCAAAACGAGCAUGUGUUGAUCUAUCUACCAUCACAACCUUGACACUAUAG